AUGCGAGAGGGCAAAAGGGCCGCCCCCGAUGGCGUCCCUGCCCCCCGGUUUUUCAAGGAGGACGCCAUCUCUCAUCGCCGCCAAUAUCAUCAUGUACGGCAUGGAACGAGUACGCCGCCCCGUAACGAGGACGUUGUCCUUUGCGUAUUCCUCCUCUGCGCCGUCGUCUUGAUCAAACUAAUAUCCUCCACGGCAACGACGGGAUUCCUCACGGCGGAAAGGCCUCGAGUGCCCCUGGGCAUCUUCUCCCUCUCGAGCCUAGGCAACACCGACCCGGAAGCUGCCGCCGCUCUCCGGCCCGACAUUCGCGCCGACACCAACCGGGACGGCGUCGUCGACAUCACGAGCACCUCGCACGAUUCCGCGACCAAAGCCAUCUGGACGGCGCGGCGCGGCGCCAUCUUCCUCCCCAACGUCGGCGACAAGUACUACCGGUGCCGCACCCACGACGCCGUCGGAAACCCCUAA